AUGUCUGAAGCUGAGAAAUGGGUUCCACCACCAAUCGGAACUCCAUGCUGGGUUGAAAUACCAGCUGCAGAUGUUCCCGCCUGCAAGAAAUUCUACGCUGCUGUUUUCCCAUCAUGGGAAUGGAAAGCCCCCACCGAAACCUACACAGAAGAGAAGAUUGCGAUGUUUAGCUUCGCUGGGCAAAUGGGUUUGACGGGAGGAAUUGUUCAGGUUCCUGCUGGUUGCAAGACAGGGGAUCUGAAGAAUGGAAUGGGAGUUACAAUUUACCAUUUCGUUGAGAGCAUUGAGGAGACAAAGGCACAAAUUGAGAAAGUUGGAGGUGUUGUCAUGAGUGAGAAAGAGCCAGAGAGUGAGAAUGGAUACUAUAUGUAUUUCAAAGAUGUGGCUGGCAAUCGGUUCGGGAUCUAUGAGCUAAAGAAGUAG